AUGACCACAUCGGAGCCCGAAGAGAGCUUCGGGGACUCCGAUACUGACACUCGUAAGCGGGCUUUCGAGGUGGACUCUGGUCAAUCAGCCGAGCAGUACAUGUCUCAGCUUCUAGCGCUGAAACGCCGAAAACUAGGCGACGACGAAGAAACAAGUGAUGAUUCUGAUGAAGAGAACGAUCUCGGUCACAGGAACAAGGCAGGAUACAUCAAGAAGCUCACACUCAAAAACUUCAUGUGUCAUGAUCAUUUUGAAUUGGAGUUUGGCCCCCAAAUGAACUUUAUCAUUGGAAGAAACGGCUCAGGAAAAAGCGCCAUUCUUACUGGUAUAUCCGUUGGCCUUGGAGCUAAAGCCACAGAUACCAACAGAGGCUCGUCGAUCAAAAGUCUUAUCAAAGACGGGAAGUCCACCGCGCGUGUGACUGUUGAAAUCGAUAAUGAGGGUUUGGACUCGUUUGAGAAAGAUGUUUACGGCUCCAAAAUUAUAGUGGAGAGAAAGCUUCUGCGUGAAGGUUCCAACAAUUAUUCCAUUCGGAGUGAGAAUGGUGCGGUUGUGUCGACGAAGAAGAAGACUCUAGAUGAGAUCUUGCAAAAGUUUUUCAUUGUUGUCAACAAUCCCUUGUCAUUUCUCUCACAGGAUAAAGCUCGUGAAUUCAUCGCUAGCAGUACUGAACUGUCUCGGUUUACUCAUUUUAGUGAGGGCACAAACAUCCAAUCGAUUCUUCUGAAUUACCAAGAUGCAUCCAAAAACAUCAUGAACCUCCAACACCGACUGAAGUCCGCGAAGCUGUUCUUCGAUGAUGCUUGUCAGAAGUACAAAGAAUGUGAAAGAACUUAUCAAAAAUAUAAGCAUUCGCACAACCUUCGUGAGCAGUCCGAAAGAAUCAAUGGAAAGAUGUAUUGGUUCAAUGUCGAGGUGAUGGAAAAGCGGAUUGGCAAGAAACACAAGGAAGUCGACCAAAAGCGCGAGGAAAUCUGCAACAUCGACAAUGACAUAGAAGAAAAAGGUGACCAACUCACCCAAAGUGAGGAAAAACUAUUGUCUCUCAAGAAGGAGCAUGAUACAGUUUCUGAAUUGCAAGAGUUGAAGCUCGCAGAAGUUCGUCUGGCGGAAACCGCUGCAAGCGAUGCGACAAGGCAAACUCAACAGGUAAGAAAUGAUUUGACCACUUACAAAACAGAAGUUGACGAUUUCAAUAAGCAGAUUCAAGACUUACAAAAACAAAUAGACCAGGAACAGCGAAAAAUUGAUGAGAUAAAUGGCGGUUCAAAGGAUCAAAUGAGAGAGCGACUCAGCGAGCUUCGUAAGAAGCAAGAGAAUUUGGUUCAAGAAAAAGACGAGGCCCAAAGGGCAAUCUCCAGCUUCGACGAGGAAAGCCCCGAAUUGCUCAGUGCCACACGAAAGCUUCAAGACCUCAAAUAUCAGAAGCAAGGUUUACAAGAGCAAAUUCGAAGCAUAGAACGAACCAAGAACGACAAAUAUGCAGCAUUUGGACUCACAAUCCAGUCUUUGCUACGAGCAAUAGAUGAUGAGAGUGGUUGGCAUCAAAAACCAAUUGGACCUGUUGGCUGUUUUGUGAGUGUGAGGGAGGAAUAUAGUCGUUGGGCUGACUUAAUCAAUGCUUUCUUGCAAAGAGCUCUUGAUUCUUUCGUUGUGUGCGACGAACACGAUAGAAAAAUCCUAGCGAACCUUAUGAGGAGCAGAAGAAUACAAAAAGGUAUUAUUGUGAGAAGAUUCGAAAAAUUCAAGUUCACCGCUGUCAGUGCCCCCGAUGCUGUGACAGUCUUAGACACUCUCGAAAUCCAGGUUCAUGAUGUGUUGUACACUCUCAUAGAUUCCAGCAGUAUCGAAGAGAUGAUAAUCUGUGAUACAAUAUCGAAAGCUGAAGAUCUAACCCGAAUUGCUGAGGUCAGGAGUGCGUUUUGUCUUAAUGACAAGAAGUCAGGAAUUCGUCUCGCAAGAGGGAAGGGCGGUGGAAUCACUAGAGACCCUGUAUUCUACUCCAACGAUUUACGAAAACUAGCAGGAAAAGCUUCCGACACCGGCUUAAGAUCAGAUCUAGAAGAUGUUCUACAGGAGGAAUCAAAGAUUCAAAAUGAGAGGAACAGGCUCCGCCAUGAAUGGAACCAGAGGAAGGUUGAGCUCCAGCGUAUUUUCAAUGAUAAGCGGAAGGCUUUGAAAGAAGUGCAAAAUCAAAUUUUCUCAACUGAACGGAUACUCGCCGAAGAGGGUGACUUUGGGAGAAUUGAGACUUUGAAAACUCAGAUAGAGACUCUUCGGAGUCAGAUAGCAACAAGAGAGGGAAUGUUUGUUGAGGUUGCGGAGAAUGGUAGAGAGGCCAAACGUGUCGAGAAAGCUAAACGCUCUGCAUUAGAGCAGAUCCAGAAUGCAAAAAAGGAGAUUGAUGACGAUGUUACCGCUAUCGAGCAGAGACUAGACACAGUGAAGCAGAGCAUGGACAAUUUAAAAGCGGAGAUAGAUGCCAGCAGAAUUAAAAAGGAACAAUUGAUAGAGAUGUUGACUUCUAUUGAGGCGAAAUUGCUUGAAGAUGAGGCAAAGCGUGAUGAACUACUCACAGAGGCUCAAGCCAGGUGUACUCGAGAAGAGGCGAACAUUCUCGAAACCGACACGACAGAGUCAAUCACGAAUGAAUAUGCAAAUAUUCAGCAGGCGAUCGAAGAGGCUGAGAGAAGCAAUAGCAAAUCGUUCGAGCAGAUCCUGGACGAACUUCUUGAGGCACGGGCCAACAAGAACAAAUGUGAGAGCAGUCUCUCUGAUUUGGAGAGUGCCAGAAUCAACCUUGAGAAUGACUUGAACUCGAGAUUUGAAAAUCUCAAUAUAACUAUCAAGGAGAAACUCACUCGAGCGAAGCUGUCCUUCGAACACUGCCUCGCAUUGAGAGGAUUCAAAGGUAAACUCGAGUUCGACUUCGCCAAAAAGAGAGUUAUCACUGAAGUCCAAACCAAGGACGACAAGCAGAGUAGAGCGGUACAGUCCUUAUCAGGAGGAGAAAAAUCUUUCACGCAGAUAGCCUUUCUACUAAGCAUAUGGAAGGUGAUGAAACCUAGAGUGUGUGGUCUAGACGAGUUUGACGUCUUCAUGGACUCAGUGAAUCGUACAAUUGCAAUCAGGCUUUUGAUCCACGAGCUUCGAUCGUCAAACGCACAAUCGAUUUUCAUUACACCGCAGGAUAUCACAGCGGUUGGGGAUUUGCAAGACAGCGAGGAUGUCAGGAUACACCAGAUUAGGCCACCAAGACAAGAAUGA